AUGUGGACCAACGAUCAAUUGUACUUAUUAAUUGCUGAAAGAAGAAAUAGAAAUACCAAGUAUCAUGAUAUUCCUAGAAGUAGUAAGAGAAUUCUCACCAGAAAAGACAAAACUACUAAUCGAGAUAAUAUAAAUAAUGUAAAUAAUGCGAAUGGGAAUUCAGGCUAUAACACUAAUGAUGUAGGUAGAAAUUUAGAUAAUGCAAUAUACUCAUCUUUAUCUAAUUUAGUAAAUACUACCUCAACCCCUAAUAUAUUUGCAUCACAAAAUAAUAGUGAUAUUAGUAUGCUUGAUAUAGAAGGUAGCCAACUACCUUCCUAUAUAGAAAAUAUAAAUGAAGAGGAUUAG